UUUGACCCAAUCUAUUCUAACCUCGAGUCUUGUCUUCCCUUUCAUUAUUACCACACUAAAAAAAAUUCUGGAAUUUUGUGCGCUCAUAAUGAUCUUGAAAACUCAUUAUCCUUUUUUUUUUUUAAUCUUUUUAAUUAUUACUAUUAAAAAUGAAAAGAAAAACUAGGAAAGGAAAGAAAAUUUAUCAGGCUAAAUCGUUCUUUUACCUCUCAUGUCUUGAUCCAAAAACAAUGUCGACUCAUAACCCAACUGCUACAGUUAUUUCAGCACAGCGAGAGUCAAACGGUGAGACAAGAAACGGCCAAUCCUUCAGGUCUUAUCCUCCUGCAACUGCGCAGUUUGAAGAUGUUGUUCAAAGCUCAGACCUUUUCUGGGAAAAGCUCAAAGCUUUCCACAAAUCAUUUGGUACCAAAUUCAUGGUUCCAACCGUGGGAGGAAAGGCUCUUGAUCUUCACCAUCUUUUUGUUGAGGUAACAUCUCGUGGUGGCCUUGAGAAGGUAAUUAGAGAUCGUAAAUGGAAGGAAGUGAUAGCAGCCUUCAAUUUCCCAUCAACAAUUACCAGCGCCUCUUUUGUCUUAAGGAAGUAUUACCUAUCAUUACUUUACCACUUUGAGCAGGUCUAUCACUUCCACAAACAAGUCCCUUCAGUCUCAAUUCCAGAUACUGUGAAUGGGGAUUUUUUUAAUGAAUCUGCAGCUCAAAAUGAAGUUGCCACUAUGAAUCAGCUCACAGGUCUGGAAUUGCAGCUUGGCUCUUCAGUGACUGGAUUGAUUGAUGGGAAAUUUGAUGAUGGAUAUCUGGUUACUGUGAACUUGGGCUUUGAUCAACUUAAAGGUGUCUUGUAUCAUAUUCCUAAUGAACUUCACACGUCUCAGAGUUCUCAUACUUCAGAUUUACCUCCUCACCGGCACCAAAAAAGAUCUCGGUUAUUGGUACGCGAUCACUCUCAGCCCAAGUCUAACGAGAGUGGUUACAAUUUCUUCUUUGCUGAACAUUAUACUCAACUCAAGCCUCUAUACCAUGGAGAAGAGAAAGUUAUCAGCAAGAAGAUUGGGCUGCUAUGGAACAGCCUCACAGAGGCAGAAAAGCAGGUAUAUCAGGAGAAAGGUAUGAAGGACAAGGAGAGAUACAGGACUGAAAUGUUGGAAUAUAAAUCAUCUUAUGCUCAAUAGCUUACAAUGUUGUAGUUAGGACAUAAAUUUUCCAACUUCUCUGGAAGUUGCUGCUUCUGCUUCUGUUCUGUUUCGUUCCAUCUUUUCCCUUCUGUUCUAAUCAAAGAUUUUCUGACAGAUAUGCCUCCUUGACAACUGGGAGCUAAAAUGCUGCAACAUAUAUGCUGAAUUUUACUUGUCAAAGUGUUUUGGCUAGAAAUGGUGGCUUUUGCUUUUCUUCAUAAAUGAUAAAUAGAGGGCUAACAGAACAGUUUCUUUUAUGCGGGCUGUGCCUGCAUGGCAUCCGGGCGGGGCUUGGCCCUGGGAGUUUGUAAUGGGCCAGGAAGCAGGAACAACAAGCUCGGCCUGCUGGAUUCAGAGUUAGACGCCAUGCCCAUGCAGGUCUGAGCCCUGGCCCAGGAAAUAUGGACUAUACUGGGCCUGCAGGACCUCACAUUAGAUUGUUGCAACUUGUGUUGGAUGUUGGCCCAUUUAAAUUUUCUAAUUCUUUUAUUGAAUAUGUAAUUUAAUAUUUAUAAUUAAUAAGUUAUAAUCUAUAUCUAUCUAUCUA